AUGCACGACAAACACGACACAAAAACCAAACAGGCAAGUUUUACAGGGAAAAACGCGGCCAUCUCCUCCAUGACAAAUAACAUGCCACCGAUAGGGGCAGAGAAAGCCGAGGUCAUUCCACACGCAGCACCGGCAGAUAUAAAGUCCCGCAUGUCUCUUGGGUUUCGAAACGUGGAAAGAAGCGAGCUUGCACUGCAGCGCAGAGUGCGACUUCGACCGGUCGGCAACCCCGCGCCAAUGAGAGAGCCAAUGUGGAUAAUUGGACCCUCGGCACCUACAGGCAGACCAGAAGUGACGGCCAAUAUGCACGACAGCGUCUUGACAAUCAAGUUACGAAUGUUGAAUAUUCGUGGGAACAUGAUGCCGUUCAAGUACGCCAUCACAUCUGGGACACCACUCCCAGCCGCGCUAGGCAUUACAACGCAGCACAGCGAGGAGAGCAACGCGGCAAGUGUGCUCCACACAAUAUAA